AUGUCUCUGGUAGAGGGGUCAAAGGGGUUGCUCGGUCUGUGGGGCUUCUUUCUAAGAAGAUUCAAGUCGAAAACCCGCAUGCUGAGGAUGGGGCCUCGCCUUUCUAACCCGAUUACACAAGAUGAAUGUCUUUACGAUGACCUUUGGAGUAAAAAGGCCGAUAGUACUUUUAUCGAUGUGCUAGUGGAGUUAAACUUACUCGGUGAUUGGAAAGUUGGUCGACCAAGCCCCUCGAUUUUUAACUACACCCGUUUAGUGUUGAUAGCCGAGCACGAAGCUUAUUUCAAUUUGCAGGAAUUGGGUGAGAGGUUCGAAUUUCUUCAUAAACGGUACUCUGUUUUCAGCUGGAUGUUACACAAACAUGGGCUAAGACAUUGUUUCCAAUCCAAUAUUCUAACAGCUCCCGUUGCUAUUUGGGAUGACAAAUUCGAGUCAAAUCCUUUUUCUGUGGCAUAUCAACAUUCCGGUGACCCGCGCUGGGGAGAUUUGCGAUUUAUAGGCGACACCCAGGAUGUGGUGCAAGACCGGAAUUCAACGAACGUGGUCGCGGGAGCGCACAAAGAUACAUCGCACCAUACUGCACUACAACAUCUAUGCUCCACUCGGAAUAGCAUUUUCCCACCUCAUCACACACGUCCGUCUGAUGCUUCAUCUGAAGAGUCUGUUAAUACUCAGUCAAUGUUGGAAGAGUAUGCGCAACUAAAAUUUUGA